AGGCUGGAGGGCGGGACAACGGAGGCAGCGCUUAGCGUCAGAAGCGGAAAAUGGCGCCCAGCUCGAAAUCAGAAAAGGACGAAAACAAACAGAAGAAACACAGAGAGCACAUAGUGAAACUUCUUAAUCGCGGAAAGUUGUCAGGGCAGGUGUCGCAGAGAUUGUUCCGGAAGCUUCCCCCUCGCGUGUGCGUUCCCCUCAAGACCAUCGUCAGCGAGGAGUUCCUCCGGGCAGGCCACAUCUUCCUGGGCUUCACCAAGUGCGGCCGCUACGUGCUCUCCUACACCAGCGACUGCGGGGAGGACGACGACUUCUCCUUCUACAUCUACCACCUGUACUGGUGGGAGUUCAACCUACACAGUCGUCUCAGACAGGUGCAUCACGUGCGCUUGUUCGCGGGCGAGGACAUUUACAGCGAUCUGUACCUCACUGUGUGCGAGUGGCCCAAUGACCACUCCAAAGUCAUCGUCUUCGGAUUCAAUACCCGUAGCUCCAGCUCAGUCCUGAUGAACCUCGUGAUGAGUGAUGAAAACAACAGGGACAUCUACAUCACCAUUGCCUCCAUGCCCCCGCUGCGCCCCUGCUCCCAGUGCAGCGCUCCACCAACCCUGUCCUCAGGACGUGCAGGUGCUGCUGAGUGCCUGGAGCAUGGCUACGUGCUCAAUUCCCGCUACCAGGUGGUGUACCCCUUCCCCACAUUCCAGCCUGCCUUCCAACUAAAGAAAGACCAGGUGGUCCUACUCAACACCAGCUACUCCCUGGUGGCAUGUGCUGUGUCCUUCUGCCCAGAAGGUGGGCAGGAGCAGACGGAUCAGAUCUUGUACAAAAAGAGGGCCUCCUGUUCCGGUACCCCACCCACUGGACCCGUCUUUCCUGCCGCUUCUUCCCCUACCUCAUCCCAAGGUUCACCCGACAGCAGGCCAUGCCAUACCAGGCGAAGUCCUGCCUCACCCUGUUCUGACCAGUCACAGGCUGCGGCCCGGGCCCGGGAGUUUGCAGCAGAUCUCUUCCGGCGGGCACAAACAAGAGAGGGGCGGCAGCAUGAGGGCAGGGUGGCAGACGAGCAGAGCGAGGGAGAAGAUGCACGGCAAGAGCUCCACGUGGCGCCAGUAGUGGACAGUUGUGGUGGUGGUAGCGAUGAGGACCCUGCUUCACAGGAAGGGCGUGAAGAGAGGAGGGAGAAGCUCAACUCCACACCACACGACAGCAGUGACACCAGAAGGCGGAGGCCCAGCUCCGCCUCCAGCCACUGUGGCGGGCAAACAGACUCAGGAGAGCAGUCAGCGGUGGCGUCAACAUCUUCCAUGUCAUCUUCGUCGCCCCAGUCGAUCCCUUCCCAGGAACAUGUCUCCUCAGAGCCUGGUUACAUCAACUACACCUGUCACAAGUACUGUUUACAACAGCCAGGGGCACAGGAACAGGACAGUGAGUACGAGGAUGACAAGGUGCACCUUCCCUUCACCGUGACGGACCUGAAGGGCCGCAGCCUUCAGCUAAUGACAGGGCGGCAGCAGAGCCAGCAGUGUGUCUGCGUGGAGCAGCUCACCCUGGACUUCGAGUAUGUGAUCAAUGAAGUGAUCCGCAAUGAUGCCUCCUGGGCACCUCAGUUCUGCUCUUUCAGCGAUUAUGAUGUUGUGAUCUUAGAGGUGUGUCCCGAGACCAACACGGUGGUGAUCAACAUCGGCCUCCUACUCCUUGCCUUCUCCACCUCCGAGGAGGAACACUCGCGGCCCAACACCUACCAUACCAGCGUGCAGGUGAGCUGGGACCUCAGCACCGGUGUGUGCCACACGGUGGGCAUCGGCGACCUCAUGGAGGUGAAAGGUCAAACCAGUGGUGCUGUGUGGAGCUCAUACAGGAAGUCCUGCGUGAACACAGUCAUGAAGUGGCUGGUGCCCGAGAGCAGCUCUCGCUACAUAAACCGCAUGACGAACGAGGCUCUUCAUAAAGGGUCAUCCCUGCAGGUCCUGGCUGACAGUGACCGAGGCACCUGGAUCGUCCUGUGACGGGGACUCGUCCUUGUGUCGAACGGUGGCGCCGGUGCACUUUCGGAAUCCCGUGGUUUUCUUCCUGUUUCCUGAAAGACCCCUCCAGCCCCUUUGGCUGUGUGUCAUUGGCCACACAGCACCGUUUGUUAUCACCUCCUCGUUAUUGACAUGAAGCGCUUCGAUAGUUGGCGUAGUAGACGCACAUUUUGUUGAGCUUUUGGUGUACUGUGUUCCUAAUUUUAGGAAGUUGCAACAGGAACUUCCCUCCUGAUGUUAGAGCUGGAAAGAACUAUUGACUUGAUUUUGUUUAUGUGUCCAGGUGUGUCAGGGAUGACUCUGCUCCCCCGUGAUCCUCCUGGCUCCUUAGUUCACUGUUUCCCGUAGCAACACGGGCUCAUUGUUAACAUUUUUUUUUUUUUUUUUAAAAAGCGCAGUUAAACACUGUCACGAUGACUGAACGGCAGACGGGCGGUCCUGUCCAUUUUGUCUCACAGCCCCCGUUUGUGAGCAGCUGACUGGACAGUGUGUUAUUUGACCUCAGAUUUUUUUAAAUUAAAAUUAAAAUGACUAACUUGGCAUGAGUCCCUUAGUUUGCUCUCCUCUCUGCACGGUUGAUGCUUCCUGCAGCUCACAGGUUACACUUUCGUCCACCGUAAGC